AUGGCUACAAACAUCAUUCGUCGUCAAUUUGCUACUUCUGCUCAGUCAACACUAAGGAUUGGCUUAAUUCCUGCUGACGGUAUUGGUAGAGAAGUUAUUCCUGCUGCUCGUCGAGUACUCGAAUCCUUAAACUCUGGGCCUAAAUUUGAGUUUGUAAACCUUGACGCUGGAUUUGAGCUUUUCCAAAAGACAGGCACAUCCCUCCCACAAGAGACUAUUGAAGUACUCAAGAAUGAGUGUCAAGGUGCUCUUUUUGGUGCUGUAAGCUCUCCUUCUCACAAAGUAGCUGGCUACUCUUCACCUAUUGUUGCACUUCGCAAGCAUCUGGAUUUAUAUGCUAAUGUUCGACCUGUCAAGUCUGUCAACUCACCUGCUUUUCCUAACCAAAAGCUACUAGAUAUGCUUAUCAUCCGUGAAAACACAGAAUGCUUGUAUAUUAAGUCUGAACGUGAGGAAGUCGAUCCCAAGACAGGUUUAAGAGUGGCUUAUGCUGAUCGCAGAAUUACUGAAUUUGCCUCACAACGCGCCGGUAAGAUGGCGUUCAACAUGGCCUUAACUCGUCAACAACUUCGUGAGCAAAUCCCUAUCGAAAAGCGUUUCUGGAAGAAAAACCCUCGUGUAACAAUUGUACACAAAUCCAAUGUGCUAAGUAUCACUGAUGGCUUAUGGCGUGAGGUGGUUCGUGGUGUUAAGACCGCCAACAAGGAAUACGAUGAUGUUGAUAUGGAAGAACAGCUCGUGGACUCUAUGGUCUACCGUAUGUUCCGUGAACCUGAGGCAUUUGAUGUCGUUGUAGCUCCCAACUUGUAUGGCGAUAUUCUUUCUGACGGUGCCGCUGCAUUAGUAGGCUCUCUUGGUGUCGUCCCUUCUGCCAAUGUUGGUGAUAGUUUUGUCAUGGGUGAACCUGUGCAUGGAUCUGCUCCUGAUAUUGCUGGAAAGGGUAUUGCUAAUCCUAUUGCUGCCAUUCGAUCUGCUGGUAUGCUUCUUGAACAUAUGGGCCACACUACACAAGCACUCAAAAUCUAUGAUGCUGUCGAUGCUGUUUUGGCAGAUGGAUCUGUGCUCACUCCUGACUUGGGUGGAAAGAAUUCCACGAACGACGUGACUGAAGCUGUUUUGAAAAACCUUGCCUAA